CCCCGUGUGCCCGCAGGCAAAUAUCUGACGCUGGAGCAGCUGCGGGACCUCGUGCGGCCCUCCCCGGCCACGCUGGUGACCGUGCUGAAGUGGCUGCGGAGCCACGGCGUCGAGGACUGCCGGAGCGUCGCCACUCUGGACUUCCUGGAGUGCGGCAUGGCGGCGAGCACGGCUGAGCGCCUCCUGCCCGGGGCUGAGUUCCACCGCUACGUGAAGGGCCAGCGCAGCGUGGUCCGCUCCCCGCAGCCCUACAGCGUUCCUGAGGAGCUGGCAGAGCACGUCGACUUUGGUAUUGGGGGCCUGCACCGGUUCCCUGCGGAGAGGAGCGCGGUCAGCAGGGCCUGGGCCAAGGAGGGGAUGGAGUCCCGUGGGCAGAGAGCAGCCUUCCACCUGGGUGUGAUGCCAUCGGUCAUUCGGAAGCGAUACAACAUGACGAAAGGAGACAUUGGACUGCUGCCCAACAACAGCCAGGCCUGUGCCCAGUUCCUGGAGCAGUACUUCCACCAGGCUGACCUGGCUGUGUUCAUGAAGCUCUUUGGCAGCAGCUUUGCCCACCGCACAGAGGUCGACCGUGUGGUUGGGCACCAGGGCCAGGGCAGGGCUGGGCUGGAGGCCAGCCUGGAUGUGGAGUACAUCAUGAGCACGGGCGCCAACAUCUCCACGUGGGUCUUCAGCAAUGCAGGGCGGCACGAGAGCCAGGAGCCCUUUCUGGCGUGGCUGCUGCUGCUCAGCAACAUGUCGGCGCUGCCCUGGGUGCACUCGGUCAGCUACGGGGACGACGAGGACAGCCUCUCGCAGGUCUACCUGCAGCGGGUCAACGUGGAAUUCAUGAAGGCGGCCGCCCGCGGCCUCACGGUGCUCUUUGCUUCGGGUGACGACGGUGCCGGGUGCGAGGAGGGUGGCCGGGGGGGGAACCACGGACCCUUCCGCAGCGGCCGCGCCUAUCCCGACCUGGCCGCGCUGUCGGACAACUACUGGGUGGUGACCAACCGGCUGCCGCUGCCCUGGGUGUCGGGCACCUCGGCCUCGACGCCGGUGGUGGCGGGGAUGCUGGCGCUCAUCAACGACCGCCGCCUGCAGCUGGGCCAGCCGCCGCUCGGCUUCCUGAACCCCGCGCUG